GCUUUGCUAUGGUGUACAGCACUUCAGCUGCCCCAAUGAUUGGGGUGACCAGCGGCAUGCAGGCUAGUGAGACUUGCCCGCUUUCAGCCAGCGAGACCACCUUGCCUUCAGCCAGUGAUCCAAUGGCUGGUGGGACCGACAGUACGCAGGCUCGUGAGACUCCCGUGGCGCCAGCCGAUGACCCUAUGACUGAGGCGACCCAUGAUGGUAUGCAGGCUAGUGAGACCACCCUGCCUUCAGCCAGUGAUCCAAUGGCUGGUGGGACCGACAGUACACAGGCUCGUGAGACUCCCGCGGUCCCGCGGCGUCAGCCGCUAGGCUCCGUGAAUGUCUCCAGAUGGCGCAUCAUUUUCUGGCCACUACUGACACUACUGAAAUCGAGCAGCUUUGAGCUGUGUAAGCUCCAAGAUUUGCAAAUCCUUUUCACUGGUUAUCCGGCUCUCGAGCCUAGACUGUGA